UAUUUAGGUGGUGCUGAUGAGGAUUUGGUUUAUGUUGAGCCUGUGGAUUAUGUGGUUGAGCCUGAAGGUUUUUUGCCAAAGGUGAAGAAUACUGAGGUGAGGGCAUGGGCAUUGGAGGUGCAUUCAUUGUGGAAGAAUUUGAGUAGGAAAGUGUCUGAUCAUGUAUUGGAAAAGCCUGAGUUGUAUACUUUGCUUCCAUUGAAAAAUCCAGUUAUUAUACCGGGAUCGCGGUUUAAGGAGGUUUAUUACUGGGAUUCUUAUUGGGUAAUAAGGGGUUUGUUAGCAAGCAAGAUGUAUGAAACUGCUAAGGGGAUUGUGUAUAAUCUUAUUUCUCUGAUAGAUCAAUUUGGCUAUGUUCUUAAUGGUGCAAGAGCAUACUACAGUAACAGAAGUCAGCCACCUGUCCUGGCCGCGAUGAUUGUUGAAAUAUACGAACGGACAGGUGAUUUAGAUUUGGUUACAAGAUCCCUUCCCUCUUUGCUGAAGGAGUAUCACUUUUGGAAUUCAGGAAUACAUAAAGUGACUAUUCAAGACGCUCAGGGAUCAAACCACAGCUUGAGUCGGUACUAUGCUAUGUGGAAUAAACCCCGACCAGAAUCAUCAACUAUUGAUAGUGAAACAGCUUCUAAACUCCCCAAUAUAUGUGAAAAGAGAGAAUUAUAUCGUCAGCUAGCGUCAGCUGCUGAAAGUGGAUGGGAUUUCAGUUCAAGAUGGAUGCGGAACAAAUCUGAUCUCACAACGACUAGUACAACAUCAAUUCUACCAGUUGAUUUGAAUGCAUUCCUUCUGAAGAUGGAACUCGACAUAGCUUUUCUAGCAAAUCUUAUUGGAGAAAGUAGCACGGUUACACAUUAUACAGAAGCUUCUCAAAACAGACAAAAGGCGAUGAACAGUAUCUUAUGGAAUGCAGAGAUGGGGCAAUGGCUUGAUUACUGGCUUGGAAACAGCAACACAGCCGAGGAUAUUUAUAAAUGGGACGAUUUGCACCAGAACAAGAAGUCCUUUGCCUCUAACUUUGUUCCUUUGUGGACUGAAACUUUAAGAUCAGAUAAUAUCACAACUCAGAAAGUAGUUCAAAGUCUCCGGAGCUCGGGCUUGCUUCAACCUGCAGGGAUUGCAAUGACCUUGUCUAAGACUGGACAGCAAUGGGAUUUUCCGAAUGGUUGGGCUCCUCUUCAACACAUAAUCAUUGAAGGUCUCUCAAGAUCCGGACUAGUAGAGGCAAAAGCCUUAGCUGAAGACAUUGCUGUUCGUUGGUUAAAGACUAACUGUGUGACUUACAAGAAAACCGGCACUAUGCAUGAAAAAUAUGAUGUCACAGAAUGUGGAGCAUAUGGAGGUGGUGGUGAAUAUAAACCCCAAACGGGUUUCGGCUGGUCAAAUGGUGUUGUACUGGCACUUCUGGAGGAAUUUGGAUGGCCUGAAGACUUGAAGAUUGACUGCUAAUGAGCAAACAGACUAACCAAAACAAAUAUCAUUUUCAUUUUCUUCUGUUAAAAUCAUCAGAUGUUUAUAUUAUUUCAUUAGGUUUUUGUAACGACAUCAAGUGAUCCAAGAGGUGAUACAAAGAAAAAAAAGAGAGAUUACCAUGUACUAUGUUGUUCGGACUCUUCAAAAAUGACAGAUACAUGUCGGAUUCUCCAAAUGUAAGUGCAUUUUUGAAGGAUCCGACACGACUACAGCAACAUUUUAAGAGAGUCGAAGCAACAUAGAUCAUGUAUGAUUUAUACUUUUAAGUGAAAUAAGAUGAUUCAUCUGCUCUAAUAAAUGAACUAUAAGGUUAUUCUUGUGAC